UCCUCUCUGAGGUGGAGGGGGGCUGUCAGUGCUGCUUUAGACACAAACCCUUCCUCCCCCCCACCCCCCCACAUUCUCCCCCUCUCUCCCACCGCCGCGCUGCAGAGAGGCAGACCUGGGGAAGCGGCGCGCACAGCAGCCAGCAGCUGGAGGAGGAGGGUCGCUCUGCUGUCUUCUGGCUCGGGUGAAGGGGGAGGCGGGGGGGGGGCUGUCGGUUUGUGCUUGGAUUAAAACACAACCCCAGACAAAGAAGGCAGAGGAGAGGAGUUGGGCGGGGGGAGGCGUCGCUCUCAAUCGUGCCUCUGUUCCCAAGGAUUAAGGAAUGAAUGGGAGCCGCUUCCCAGCUCGCCAUGGAGAGAGGAGGCGAUUCAGGCUGCCAGGAUAAGAGUCCAGUUGGCAAUGUGGCAGUGCCAUGUCCUGGUGGCCAUGAGGAGCCUUGUUUAAUCUAAUGCUCACACCAUUUCCAACUCUCCCAGAUGAAUUCAUAUAAUGUCCUUCUCUCAGACUUCACAAGGCUUCCUUCCGGAUGGGUCCCUGAAGCUCCCACCAGUGGCUCAGGCUACGCCCCGUGAAAGCACUCCCUGCGUGGCCUCCAGCCCGUGCAGCCGUUGCGUCUCCGAACCUGCUUCUGCAAUGGGUAAUGAGGAGCUGUGGGUCCAGUCAGUCUUGGAGAUGCCGAAGAGAAGAGACAUCCUGGCUAUCGUGCUGAUAGUUCUGCCCUGGACGCUGUUAAUCACCGUCUGGCACCAGAGCACCAUUGCUCCGCUGCUUGCAGUGCACAAGGAUGAGGGUGGCGACUCCAGGCGUGAUCUGGCCCAAGGCUCGGACUCCAAGGAGUACUGCCUGUCAGACCGUGACAUUGUGGAGGUGGUGAGGACAGAGUACGUUUACACCCGCCCACCCCCAUGGUCGGACACCCUGCCUACCAUCCACGUCAUCACCCCCACCUACAGUCGGCCGGUGCAAAAGGCGGAACUGACGCGCCUGGCCAACACCCUCUUGCAUGUGCCCAACCUGCACUGGAUCCUGGUGGAGGACUCUCAGCGGCGCACCUCUCUCGUCACCCGGCUGCUGCGGGACACGGGGCUGAACUACACCCACCUCAAUGUGGAGACGCCCCGCAACUACAAGCUGCGGGGAGACAUGAGGGACCCCCGGAUCCCCCGUGGGACCAUGCAGAGGAACCUGGCCCUGCGGUGGCUGAGAGAGACCUUUAACAAAAACAGCAGCCAACCUGGGAUUGUGUACUUCGCUGACGACGAUAACACCUACAGCCUGGAGCUCUUCGAGGAGAUGCGCACCACCAGGAAGGUGUCGGUAUGGCCGGUGGCCUUCGUGGGCGGCUUGCGCUACGAGUCACCCAAGGUGAAUGCAGCGGGGAAGGUGUAUGGCUGGAAGACUGUUUUUGACCCCCACCGCCCGUUUGCCAUCGACAUGGCGGGCUUUGCUGUGAACCUCAGGCUGAUACUCCAGCGAUCUCAGGCUUACUUCAAACUGCGAGGAGUGAAGGGUGGCUACCAAGAGAGCAGCCUUCUCCGGGAACUAGUGACCUUGAAUGACCUUGAGCCGAAAGCUGCCAAUUGCACUAAGGUAUGGACUCUUUCUGGUACAUGGACCCACUCUCCUGCAUCUAUCACUAAUCACAAUUGCAAGGAAAUGCAGAAACUUGAAAAGGGAGCAUAGGAACUGCCAUAUGGGAUUAGAUCUGUUGUCUAACCAGGCCAGUAUCCCAUCUCCCAUCCCUCAGGGUUAGCCCAAUGCUCAUCCAGUCCAGUAUCCUGUCUCAUGCAGCUGCUGGUACCAGAUGCUUCAAGGAAAGACACAACCCGCUUCCUUCCCCCUCCCCCCCCCCAUGGGUUAUGAAGUAAAAUACAUAGUGGGGAAGUUUCAUCUUAACCCCAGGCCCUUAGUGGCUUGCUUCUGCCCUGGAGUAUGAGGGUUUAUCCCCUCUAUAAAUAUCUCUGCUAGUUAUGGUUACUCUACAUGACAUCCUUACUGUUUACAUGAAUGUCUAAUACUUUUUUGGUUUCAAUAAUGUCCUGUGACAAUAAGUUCUACAGAUGAAUUAUGCAUUGUGUGGAAGAGCAUUUCCUAUAUGAAAUGUGCUGCCUUGCAGUUUCAUUUUCAUGUAUAGUAGUGAACACCAAAGUGAAUUUGCAGCUAUGCUCCCGCUUCUCAAAAGGCGUUACAGGAAAGCAUGGAUUUUAGAGGGGCGAGGAAGAAAAGAAUAAUGUCCUGCAUUGUGCUGGGAAGCAAACUGGCAUCCAUGUGGGGUGUGGUGGCAGAGAUGGGAUCCAGGGCAGAGCUGAAGAGGCAUGAAGCAAAUAGAGUUGACUGGGACGUUUCCAUCAGACAGUCCAUCUGCUCUGCUCACCCUCUCUGCUGCUCUGGGCAGCACUGAAUGUGUGCUGCUCUGCCUAACAAGAACGUGACAAUGACAAUGUGUCCUAAGAGCGGAGGGAGGUCAGAAGUGAGAUCUAAUGCUGGGGUGAAUGGGGGGAGGAGGCAUGUUGUGUAAACACUCUAGAUUGAUUCCCUCUUAGAAGGGUAAAUGGACAGGAUGUAGCAGGCAAGGGGAUCCAAUGUCGGGCAAAAGCUUCCUUGCAAAUGCUUAGAGCCUAAAGCUGGCGCAGCAAUGGCUAUGUUGCCUCUAGAAAUACACACAGAAGAGCAGCUUUUGAUGUGAAGGUAGCUGUCAGAGUAAGGCAUCGUGCUGGAAAGCUGGGGCGAGAGCAAGGCCAGCUGCGGUGGGAUGUGCUGUCAGGACUUUGUUUCCAGACAAGGGGGAGAUUUUGUUCCUUGAGUCAGACAGGAGGCAACUUCUGUGCUAUGGAUCAGGAACUGAAGAGGUGGCAGCAGGAGGCGCUGGUUGAGAUUAGGAGCUGGCUGUUUUCUCUGUGACAUGGCAGUGGAGAUAUCACAGGGACUCAGUUUUGAGCCGGACACACUGUGAUCCUGACCAACUCUCAGCACUUCGGGUGUCCUGCUUUGCGUCUCUGUUUCCAGCUGCCACCAGCCUCCCUCCAGCAAUUAUCACAUAACUCAUCUGCCCAGCGUGAGGUAGACAAAGACCAAAUUCAACAGAGGCAGAGCUCAGAGAAUUCUACACAACAAGUGAGGGCACGACAGCAGAGAUGCCUCCCCUUCUAAACAAGGGAGCUGAGCAGUUUGUAUGCCUGGAGAGUGAUGAUAGCAGGGUUUAGGGUAGCUAAGAAGGGGCAAUGCAUGCUUGGAAACUUUACUUGUUAAUGGGAACGGCUCUGCAGUGACCUCUUGCGGGGGUGGGUGGAAGGAGAGUAUUUUAAGCUGUGCUGAGACUCUCAUCAUCACCGCUAGUGGGUGUAGGCUUGUUCAGAAUCCAGCCCUGAGAGGAAUGAUGGUUCAGGGGUUAGGGCACCAGCCUGUGACACCAGAGAUCUGGGCUCCCAUUGCCUGCUCUACCACAGACUUCCUGUCUGACCUUGGAAAGUGAAGGGGAUAAAAUCAGUGGCAGUUGGGCACCUAAAGGCCUUUGAGGAUCGUGGCCUUAGUGUGUGUGUGUGCGCCUCAGUUUCCCAUAUGUAAAAUGGUACUUUUCUCAGCUUCACAGAGGUGUUGAGGAUUAAUACACUAAGGAUUGUGAAUCUCUCAGAUAUGACGGUUAAUGGGGGCUAGACAGGCACACAGGUAGACAGCCCUUUACCUGAUGCCUCCUUAGAUGUCCCGUGUGCUGCGCUGGUAUUCAUUUUUAACUCUCUCAACUCAAACACACAAACUGAAGCGCCUGCAAAAAGCUUAUUUACUGGUCAAUAAAUAAAGUCCUGUGUUGCCCUCCUUGGUUUAAUACCUGCCUGAAAGAGUGGGAAUGAAAAGAUGAUGAUCUUAACUGUGCGCACUGCAGGAAUUUCUAGACAAAAGGAGGCAGCCAGCCCUGAAAUUCCUGCCAGGAGCUGCAAAUGCUGAGAGGAAAAAAAUGAAAAGAGAGCUUUUUCCAUGGAGAUGGGGGGAGAUAUGCUUCUCUGGGAGAGGCAGACUUUUGUUUUGAAUGGUUUGGGUAGCAAUUUAUCAGUCACACUUUAAUUAAAGGCCCACAUUCUGCCCUUUCUCCUGUCUCUCGGCUGCACUAUGCACUGGGCUCCAACCUCAGGCUAAAUCUGUGUGUUUGAAACUGUGUUUGGGUGAUGCGGGAGAAGGAAGCCAGCCUGCUGCCUAGUGUUGGACAGGGAUGUUUUGCUGCUGGUGCUUCUGAGGGGAUUAGGGAGAGGCUGAGAGUUUCUGGACAGAGAGCUGGAAUUAGAUGCCACAGUAAGUGCGACCAGCUACCGCCAAGCCUACAGGCUAAGGAUGGGGUUGAUGGGGAAGAGUGGCGCUUCCUCACGAGCAUCUGUGGAAGAACAACACUGCAGCUAUUGCAGGAUUUGCGCUAGCUCUACGAAGAGAGAUAAAUCCCUUCCCUAGGUAAGAUGGAGAAUCUGUGUGAACUCUGGUUCUUGCCAUGUAUUUUCCAAGAUGCAGAAAUGAACUGGCUCCUUUUUUU